CGGCACUGAGCGUUAACGCGCUGGAGGUGGAGGGCGGAGGUGAAGGGUGGAUCUGGGUGAAGCUCCGUCCACACUCGUGGCCUCUGACCUGUGGGCGUGCCAGCACGGCUGUCAGUGCCAAAGAGGGCAGCGAGAGAGAGACAGAGGAGGGGGCGCUGGCUGUGCUCUAAGUUGCAUGUGUAGUUUAAACAGGAAAAUAUUACCUCAGAUAUGUCGCGGGCCCUAAACCUGAUCAAGAGCCGCGUGCGCAGAGAUUUAGCCGCGUGUGGAGGAAGAGCUCGGGUUCCUUUGAGGGCCAUCUGCUGCUCCUCGAGGAAACCCACACAGGAGAGCGAUGCGUCCUCAGCUCUGCGAAAGAGGUGGAAGGACACCGCGGACACUGUCAUCAUAGGUGGGGGGUGUGUGGGGGUCAGCGUGGCCUAUCACCUGGCCAAAGGUGGCGUAAAGGAUGUGGUGCUCCUGGAGAAGUCGGAUCUGACGGCUGGGUCCACCUGGCACGCUGCUGGUUUGACAACAUAUUACCAUCCCGGCAUCAACCUCAAAAAAGUCCACUAUGACAGCAUUAAAUUAUACGAGAGGCUGGAGGCUGAAACGGGACAGGCGGUGGGCUUCCACCAGCCCGGCAGCGUCCGUAUCGCCGCGACGCAGGCCCGAGUGGAUGAGAUGAAGUACCAGAUGACCCGCACACACUGGAACGUGACCGAGCAGUACAUCAUCGGACCGGAGAAGGUCCACGAACUGUUCCCUCUCCUCAAUAUAGACAAGGUGUUGGCAGGUCUGUACACCCCAGGAGACGGCCACAUCGACCCCUACUCUCUGACUAUGGCCCUGGCUGCCGGAGCUCGCAUGUACGGCGCCCAAAUCUACAACCCGGCCCCCGUCAGCGGCCUCCACCCGACCGCCGACGGAAAGUGGGACGUCCAGACUCCUCACGGGACCAUCCGCGCCAACCGCAUCGUCAACGCAACGGGUUUCUGGGCCCGGGAGGUUGGCAAGAUGAUCGGAUUCGACCACGCCACCAUCCCGGUGCACCACCAGUACGUAGUGACGGCGACGGUACCGCAGGUGAAGGCUCUGAAGAAGGAGCUGCCCGUCAUCCGGGACCUGGAAGGCUCCUACUACCUGCGCCAGGAACGAGACGGCCUGCUGUUCGGCCCGUAUGAAAAGAUGGAGAAGAUGGUGCUGCAGGACUCCUGGGUCAGAGACGGAGUGCCCCCAGGUUUCGGUAAGGAGCUGUUUGAGUCGGACCUCGACAGGAUAAUGGAGCACGUCGAGAUGGCCAUGGAGAUGGUCCCUGUGCUGAAGGAGGCCGAUAUCAUCAACAUUGUGUCGGGACCCAUCACGUACACCCCUGACCUGCUGCCCAUGGUCGGACCGCACCAAGGAGUACGCAACUACUGGACUGCCAUUGGCUUUGGGUACGGAGUCAUCCACGCUGGCGGGAUCGGUAAGUUCCUGAGCGACUGGAUCAGGAACGGGGAGCCUCCGUACGACCUGAUCGAGUGCGAUCCCAACCGCUACGGAAAAUGGUCGGACGUGUCUUUCCUGUGCGCCAAAGCCAGAGAAUCGUACGGCUUCAACAAUGUGGUCGGAUACCCAAAGGAGGAGCGGUUCGCCGGUCGGCCGACCCGCCGACAGAGCGGCGUCUACGAGCUGCUGAAGGGCAAGGCUUCCAUGGGCUUUCACGCCGGCUGGGAACAACCGCACUGGUUCUACAAACCAGGAGAUGACAUCGGAUACAAGCCCAGUUUCCGACGCACCAACUGGUUCGGACCGGUUGGCCGGGAGUGCAAGCUGGUGAUGGAGAAGGUGGGCGUGAUCGACCUGACGCCUUUCGCCAAGUUCAUCGUGAAGGGGAAGGACUCGCUAAGGCUGCUGGACCGCCUGUUCGCCAACAACAUGCCGAAGGUGGGACUCACCAAUGUCAGUCACAUGCUGACACCCACCGGGAAAGUCUUUGCGGAGGUCACCAUCACCCAGCUGGCACCAGGAGAGUUCCUGCUCAUCACGGGCUCGGGGUCAGAGGGACAUGACCUCAGGUGGAUCGAGGCGGAGGCUGCAGACGGAGGGUACGACGUGGACAUCAGCAACGUGACGGAAGACGUGGGCGUGUUGGGCAUCGCGGGGCCAAACUCCCGCAAAGUUCUUCAGAAGCUGACAAACGAGGAUUUGAGCGACGCCGGGUUCAAGUUCCUCCACUGCAAGUCCAUCCAGUUGGCCGGCGUCCCCGUCCGGGCCAUCAGGAUCUCCUACACCGGUGAGCUGGGCUGGGAGCUGUACAUCGAGCAGAAGAACAUGGCGACAGUGUACAAGGCGAUGAUGGAAGCAGGAGAAGACGAGGGUAUCGACAAUUUUGGGACGUACGCCAUGUCCUCCCUCAGACUGGAAAAGGGCUUCAGAGGCUGGGGUGCAGAGAUGAACUGCGACACGAACCCUCUGGAGGCUGGAUUGGAUUAUUUCAUCAAAUUGAACAAGCCUGCCAACUUCAUCGGCAAAGCCGCCCUUCAGGAGAUCAAAGCCAAGGGCCUGAAGAGGAAGCUCUGCUACAUCACGCUGGACACGGACGACAUCGACCCCGAAGGCAACGAGACCGUCUGGCACGACGGCAAGGUGGUCGGCAACACGACGUCCGGAGCCUACAGCUACAGCAGCCAGCAGAGCCUGGCGUUCGCCUACCUGCCUCCGGAGCUGUGCUCGGUGGGCCAGAAGGUGGAGGUGGAGCUGCUGGGCAGGAAGUACCGCGCCAUGGUGAUCCAGGAGCCCCUGGUCCUCACGGAACCCACGCGGACCCGGCUGCAGAAGAAAGCAAAGGGGAAAGCGUGAGCUGUCCUCGGUGGGUCUCUCAGCAGCCGAUGAAGAUCAACGAGAGUCUUAUAUCCGUGUUCUGGACUGUUUGUGUCGAGAAAAAAAAAAAAGCUCUUCCUGUUUUGUUUCUCCACGAGAGGGAGGUUGGAAGCUGAUGGAGAUGGUGUGCUUCAUCAAUGUGUUUUUUAGCAUUAGGGAAACAAAAAUGUCUUAAGUGCUGGAUGAAUAAUUUGUUAAAUUGAUGUAAAUGUUUACACUUUGUGAAUGAUGCUAGAUUCAGUAUUUGAAGAAAAAAGAUCCAGCUGUGUUUUUAGUAGAAGGUUAUAAAUGUGACAAAGUAAACAAGAAAACCAAAAGAAACAGGCGGCUCACCAACUUGUACAAAGAUCGUUUUAUAAAUCUGUUCUUUUUUAUUUUACCAAUAUGUAAUUGAAUGGGUGUUUAUUAAUACCUUGAUAAUUAAAUCAAAUCCAUCACGGUA